AUGUUCAGUCCCUGUAAUGUGGCCCCACAAAUUUCCCUCCCUUCCUCUUCCGCCCUUCCCUCUCCCCCCUCCGCCCUUCCCUCUCCCCCCUCCGCCCUUCCUUCUCCCCCCUCCGCCCUUCCCUCUCCCCCCUCCGCCCUUCCCUCUCCCCCCUCCGCCCUUCCUUCUCCCCCCUCCGCCCUUCCCUCUCCCCUCUCCGCCCUUCCCUCUCCCCCCUCCGCCCUUCCCUCUCCCCCCUCCGCCCUUCCUUCUCCCCCCUCCGCCCUUCCCUCUCCCCUCUCCGCCCUUCCCUCUCCCCCCUCCGCCCUUCCCUCUCCCCCCUCCGCCCUUCCCUCUCCUCCCUCCGCCCUUCCCUCUCCCCCCUCCACCCUUCCUUCUCCCCCCUCCGCCCUUCCCUCUCCCCUCUCCGCCCUUCCCUCUCCCCUCUCCGCCCUUCCCUCUCCCCCCUCCGCCCUUCCCUCUCCCCCCUCCGCCCUUCCCUCUCCCCCCUCCGCCCUUCCCUCUCCCCCCUCCGCCCUUCCCUCUCCCCCCUCCGCCCUUCCCUCUCCCCCCUCCGCCCUUCCCUUCCCACCCUCUCCACCCUCUCCACCCUCUCCCCCCUCCGCCCUUCCCGCUCCACCCUCUCCACCCUCUCCGCCCGUCCCUCUCCCCGUUGCUCCCGCAGGGGCUGAGCGGCACGCCGGCAACGUGGCAGGGCACGUGCGAGACGUCAACGGAUUUCAGCUGCAACGGCAAGAAGCGACCCACAUGUCUCCACCCGUCCCCCCCCCGUUGCACCUGUUCAGAGCAGCGGUGGGAGCGAAGGUGGCCUGGACUACAGGCGAGACAAGCGGCAUGGCGCCGGCAGCGCGGCUGGCGGUGUACAAGGUGUUUUGGACGGACAGCUACGGCAUGUACGCCUCUGACGCUGAUAUCACCGCUGCUGUCGACCACGCUGUUGCUGACGGCGUCGACGUGCUGUCCCUCAGCCUGGGGGGCUCGAAUCCCCUGGAUACAUACUUCAAGGAUGUUGCUUUUCUUAAUGCCAAUGCUGCGGGCGUGGUGGUGGCGUUUGCAUCGGGGAACGCAGGAGGGCCCAAGAGGUGGAAUCUCCGGCUGUACCGCUCCAUUGACAACUUCUCGCCCUUCUACCUCACUGUUGGCGCCAGCACCAUUGAACGGGGCGGGGUAGUGCUGGGAGCGGCAUCUGUGAAGGGGGCUGCUCUCAACGCCACAGGAAGAGCGCCGGUUUCUGCCACUAGCAGUGACAGUUCAACCAACACCACGACCCUGCCAUCAGCAUCAUCUUUAUCACCAUCACAACGAGCCCAGCCAGCAGCCGUAGACACAGCAUCCAUAGCAGCGCCAAUGGUAGCGGGCUUCUCCUCGCGCGGCCCCCUCAUCCGCCCCAUCAAGGGCACAGCACCGCCCUACCCCACCAACUCCAUCCUCAAGCCCGACAUCAUUGGUCCCGGCGUUGCCCUCUGGGCCGCCAUGCCCGCCACCACCAUCGGCGACGCAGCAGGCCUCGCGCAGCUCUCCGGGACGUCCAUGGCGACGCCUCACCUCGCGGGCGUGGCAGCGCUCAUCGUGCAGCAGAAGCCCGACUGGUCCCCCGCGCAGGUCAUGUCCGCGAUUAUGACCACCGCUGCGGUGAGGAACACGAGAGGGAGGUUUAUCCGGAAUGUGGGGGGCCGGACGGCGACGCCUUGGGAGGUAGGAGCAGGGCAUGUGCAUCCCCCGAGGGUGCUUGACCCCGGGUUGACGUACGACGCAGGGGAGAGCCACUACCGGAACUUCCUCGCCGGGCAGAGCAUGUGGCGCGCGAAGAAGUUCUUCCCCGGCGCGACCCUCAAAAGAGUCGCCCCGCGCAACGUGAACCGCGCGAGCAUCUCCAUCGGGCGCAUGAAGGGGUACCGCAAGGUGCGGCGCACGGUGACCAACGUGGCGUCCACCACGAGCAUGUACACGGGGAAGAUCGUGUGCCCGUACGGGGUCGUGAUGAUGGUGAACCCAAAGCAGUUUACGAUCGCACCGGGGGAAAGAGUGACGUUCACGGUGUCGGUGUGGGUGAAUGCCAAGUCGCUGCAGUUUCAUUAUGGCAGCUUGACGUGGCGGGAUGAGCUCGGGCAUGUGGUGCGCUCGCCCAUUGCAGUGCAGCCGCUGCGGUAUAUCAAGUGGUGA